AUGAGCACCGCAGCCGUCGCCAAGGCGACCCGCGAGAAGGCCCGGCGGGAACGGCUGAACGAGUGCUUUGAGGAGCUGGCCAGGCUGUGCGACCCCACGGGGCGGGGGGUGAAGACGGACCGCGUGUCGGUCAUCGCGGACGCCAUCCGCGUGCUGACCCAGCUGCGCGUGGAGAACAACCAGCUGCGCCAGCUGAACAAGUUCCUGGAGGAGCGGGUGUCCAACCUGGAGCGCGCCCGCGCCCAGAACGUGUACCAGCAGUCGCUGCUGCAGCAGCGCGCCGACUCGCUGCUGCAGCAGCACGCCGGCGCGGGCAUGCACACGGGCGUGCUGGCGGCCGGCCCCGGCCGCAUCGCGGAGGCGCUGGGCGGGCUGACGGGCGUGGAGCUGACGGCUCGGCUGGAGGACGACGCCGGCGCCGGCCUGGCCUGGCUGCCGGCCCCCAACGCCAGCGAGGACAGCAAACUGCGGCCCCCUGCGGCCUGA